AUGGACGGUGAACGAGCUCCCCUUCUUCCAAACAACGCCCAGGAAGCGGGCGCGGCUAUCCGCCAGCCGCCCAUCUGGAAGCGGAAGCGAGCUGUCAUCUGGUCUCUCAUUGCCAUGGUUGCCGUAAUUGCUGCCGUUGUUGUCAUAUUACUUCUUGUUCGCCCUGGUAGCACACGCCGUAGCGGACAUGACCAGAUCCGCUACCCAGGCGAAACGGUCGCCUGGAGACCCUGCGGCGAGACCGAUGGCAAGCCGGUCGAGUGCAGCUCUCUCGACGUGCCCAUGGACCAGUUUGACUCCAAGCGCUCUGGUAACAGGACCUUUUCCAUUCCACUGAUUCGACGUCGCGGCGGCGCCAACGCCACCAAGAACAUCCUUCUCAACCCGGGCGGGCCCGGCGGCAGCGGCAUUGGCUUUAUGCAACGCAAAGGCGGCGCCAUACACACCAUUGUCGGCGAUGACGACUUUCAUCUGCUGUCGUUUGAUCCUCGCGGCAUUGCGGGAUCGCGACCCCGAGCCGAAUGCUUCUCAAACCUUGAUCGUCGGCUGGAGCUUACACCGCAUGAGACGGGCGAUCCUAAGCAGGAUGCCGAACUCUGGAGCGAGACGGGCAACUUGAUGCGCGCCUGCGCCGACAACAUGGGCGACUAUGGCCCCCACGUCAAUACGCCUCAGACGGCUGCCGACAUGAAUUCGAUCCUGGAUGCCAUCGGGCAGGACAAUCUCUACUACUGGGGCUUCAGCUACGGCACCGCGCUGGGCCAAACAUAUGCGACGCUGUUUCCGAAUCGCUCGGAGCGUGUCAUUGUCGAUGGCGUGGUAGAUGAUUUUUUGUGGUACGAUGAGCUGCUCAUGAAGACUGAUUUCGUGGAUACUGGCAACGCCUUUUCGGGCUUCUUUGAUGAGUGCACAAAGGCCGGCGAGAAGUGCCCGCUACACUUUGUCGCCGAUAAGAAGCAAGAUUUAGAGCGCAACGUCACACACUUCAUCGAGAGCCUCAAGGAGGAACCAGUAUCGGUCUACGUUAACAGUAGCUUUUUCGGCACCAUCAAGUACGAUACCGUUAUAGGCGGCGUCUUUGGCCACAUGUACCGGCCCAAGGAAUGGUACUCACUGGCCGACAAUCUUGCGCAGCUGAUGCAAGGCAACGGCACCGGAGCGCUGAUUGCUUGGGGUGAACUAGGGCGCAAUUUUAGCGACCCAGACGCCGGCAUGGGUGAGUCUGGCAUGUUUGUCGAGUUCAAUGACGCGCCUGCAGGUCCAUCUCGCUGGCCGGCCAAGAAGAGCGACGCACUCGAAAUUAUUCUGCCGUACAUCAAAAAGUUCUUGCCGUACAGUGCUAGCAACACGGGGCACUACAUUGGGCGCGCGCAGUGGGCGAUUCCCAAGGCGCAUGACUUCAAGGCAGCGCGGCAUAAUGUCGAGACGCGGCACCCGUUGCUGGUGUUGUCGACGACCUAUGACCCCAUCUGUCCACUCGUCAACGCCAAGGUCGCUCAGAGUGCCUUUGUCGGCGCCAAGCUGGUCGAGGUGCAGACUUACGGGCACUGCUCGCUGGCGAUGCCGUCGCCGUGCACGGCACACAUCGUAAAGAGGUUUUUUGCUGCGGGUGACCUGCCAGAAAAGGAGCACACCAAGUGUCCGGCCGAGGGUCCGUACUUUAUCAAUCCGGAAGACGACAAGAAGAAGAAGCAUGGCGAAGAGGACAAGAUCAGCCUACUUAGCAUGGAUGAGGACGAGAAGCUUAUGGCGGCGCUCAGGAAGCUGACGGAUGCCAUUCAGCCGCUUCGCAAGUCAUUCUUCUAA